AUGGCGGCUGGAAAAUUCCUUGGGUUCAUGCUCACCUCUCGGGGCAUCGAGGCCAACCCCGAUAAGUGCGAGACUGUGUUAAAGAUGCAAAGCCCCACCACCCUUAAGGAGAUCCAACGACUGUCAGGCCGACUCACAACGUUGUCGCAGUUUAUCCCAAGGCUAGUUGAAAGGGUUCGUCCGGUCUUACGGAAAAUGAAGAAAGGACUUGUCGUCAAAUGGGAUGCCGAGUGCGAACAAGCGUUUCAGGACGUUAAAGCCAUCCUGAUGAACCUGCCUGUAAUGAACCGUCCUACGCUAGGCGAAGACUUGCAGAUCUUUAUGGGCGUAUCAGAUUCGACGAUCAGCGCGGUAUUGACGCAAGAGUGGCCCGAGCCCAAGCUCGUAUACUUCAUCAGCCGAACACUUCAGGACGCUGAGUCCCGAUAUCAACAAGUGGAGAAGGUUGCUUUGGCUUUUCUGAACGCAUCCCGUAGGCUCCGGCCGUACUUUCAAAGCCACCAAGUGGAAGUCAACGAAGAAUGGAAUCUUUACGUCGACGGAGCGUCCGGGAGAACAAUAAGCGGAUCUAGCAUAGUCCUUGAAGGCCCGAACGAAUUUUUGUUGGAACAUUCCUUGAUAUUCAAGUUCAAGGUAUCCAACAACCAGGCGGAAUAUGAAGUCUUGGUAGCCGGCCAGGAACUAGCAAGAGACAUGGGAGCCCGGAGGGUGGUGUGCCGGACGGACUCCCAGCUGGUGGUGGGACAAAUGAAUGGGGAGUUUCAAGUGAAAGAGGAGCAAUUGCUCCGGUACUUCUAUAAAGCGACAACCCUGGCCAAGUUGUUUGACAGAAUCAACAUUCGACACAUCCCUCGUGAAAACAACACCCGAGUGGACAUUUUGUCGAAACUGAGCUCAAGCAAGGAGAAAGAGCAACUAACGACAAUUAUACACCAAGUAUUGCUGCAACCGUCGGUUGAGUGCAUGUCGGUGGCAGAUGUCGAGGAAAGGGAUUGGCGGUCGGAGAUCCGAAGGCUGAUGACCAAGCAGGACGCCGGACAGCCCGUUAAACCGACAGAUGCGAGGAAAAUUGCUCGCUACCUAUUAGUGGGGGACGACCUAUACAGUAGAGGAUUCUCCACCCCCUUCCUCAAAUGCUUGGGGAAAGAGGAAGCAUGCUAUGUGAUGGACGAAGUCCACAACGGAAUCUGUGGUUUCCACACCGGGCGUCGGACCUUGAAGGCCCGGAUAUUAAGAGCAAGAUAUUACUGGCCGACGAUGGAAGAGGAUACGAAGAUAUUCGUCCAGAAGUGCCUCGGAUGCCAGGCCCACGCCAACAACACUCACUUGCCACCCAACACCCUGCAUACAAUAACCUCGCCUUGGUCAUUCGCGCAGUGGGGUAUGGAUAUUGUUGGCCCAUUCCCAGUGCAAAAAGUCUGCUGGAAGUUGAUAUGUCGGUUCGGGCUCCCUCGUACAAUCAUUACUGAUAACGGUCGGCAAUUCAUCGACAGAAAGCUGGCGGAGUUCUACACGAGUUUGGGCAUUAAGCACGUCACCAGUUCGGUGGAACACCCUCAAACGAACAACCAGGUAGAAUCUAUGAAUAAAACCAUAGUAACCGAACUGAAGAAGCGGUUGGGCGAGAAGAAGGGAACAUGGGUGGACGAACUUCCAGAGGUAUUAUGGGCUUACCGGUGCACACCGCACAGAACAACCGGCGAGAGCCCCUUCAAUUUGACAUAUGGCACUGAUGCUAUGCUACUGGUCGAAUUGGGAGAACCUUCGUUGCGACGCCAAGUGAACAACCUUCAACUGAAUGAAGGAGAGCUUCGAGUGGAACUCGACUCCCUUGAAGAACUGAGAGACCGGGCAACAUUACGAGCCGAAGCAUGCAAACGCAUGGUGGAGAGAAAAUACAAUUCCAAGGUCAGACCGAGAAACUUCCAGGAAGGCGAUCUGGUGUGGAGGAAGACUGGGGAAGCCCGCCGAACGGCCACUCAUGGACAACAUGCAGCUAAAUGGGAGGGCCCCUUCCGAGUAACCGAAGCGCUGGGAAAUGGGGCUUACAGAUUAUUACAGGCAGACGGACGACCAAUUCCAAACACGUGGAACGCCACUCAUUUAAAGUCUUAUUUUAGUUAA